AUGUCGCAGAGCUACGAUGUCGGGACAAGAGCCUGGCAGCCCGAUGCCACCGAUGGCUGGGUGGCAUCCGAGGUUGUCAAGAAGUCAGUCGAUGGCAACAAGGUGAUUCUGGAGUUCAAGCUCGAGAAUGAAGAGACAGAAGCCGAGACUGACCUGCUCUGCCCCCCUUUCCAGAUCAAGACGAUCGAGGUCUCUCUCGACGGCCUACAGAGCGGCAACGAUCCCGCCUUACCGCCGCUGAUGAACCCGACCAUGCUCGAAGCCAGCGAUGAUCUGACGAAUCUGUCCCAUCUGAACGAACCUGCCGUUCUGCAAGCCAUCCGGCUGAGAUACAUACAGAAGGAGAUCUACACAUACAGUGGUAUUGUGCUAAUAGCUACGAAUCCCUUCGCUCGAGUCGACUCGCUCUAUGUCCCGGGCAUGGUGCAAGUCUACGCUGGCAAACAGAGAGCGACCCAGGCGCCGCAUCUGUUUGCCAUCGCGGAAGAAGCAUUUGCAGACAUGUUGCGAGACAAGAAGAACCAGACCAUUGUGGUUUCCGGAGAAUCUGGAGCAGGAAAGACGGUCAGCGCCAAGUACAUCAUGCGAUACUUCGCGACCAGAGAGUCGCCAGACAACCCAGGGGCCAAGUCGAAGAAGGGUGCCGAAGCUAUGAGCGAAACGGAGGAGCAGAUUCUCGCUACCAACCCUAUCAUGGAAGCCUUCGGUAACGCAAAGACAACCCGAAACGACAACUCCUCGCGGUUCGGCAAGUACAUCGAGAUCAUGUUCGACGAUAACACAAACAUUAUUGGAGCCAAGAUUCGCACAUACCUGCUCGAGCGGUCAAGACUGGUGUUCCAACCUCUGAAGGAGAGAAACUACCACAUCUUCUACCAGCUCAUUGCUGGAGCGUCGGACGCAGAACGGAAAGAGCUGAGCCUUCUGCCUGUGGAGCAGUUUGACUACAUGAACCAAGGCAAUGCCCCUGUGAUCGACGGCGUUGACGACAAGGCCGAGUUCGAGGCUACGAAGAAGUCUUUGACAACCAUCGGUGUCGACCAGACCCAGCAGGUUGGCAUCUUCAAGCUGCUUGCCGGUCUGCUGCACCUGGGUAACGUUAAGAUCACCGCCUCCCGGAACGACAGUGUCCUGGCCCCCGAUGAGCCUUCCUUGGUGAAGGCUUGCUCCAUCCUGGGAAUUGACGCCGCCAACUUCGCCAAGUGGAUUGUCAAGAAGCAGCUCAUCACACGUGGAGAGAAGAUCACAUCCAACCUGACCCAGCAACAAGCCAUUGUCGUGAGAGACUCCGUCGCCAAAUACAUCUACUCGAGUCUCUUUGACUGGCUUGUCGAGGUCAUUAACCUAAGUCUUGCUACUGACGAGGUCCUCAACCGCGUGUCCUCUUUCAUCGGUGUCCUCGAUAUCUACGGUUUUGAGCACUUUGCCAAGAACUCGUUCGAACAGUUCUGUAUCAACUACGCCAACGAGAAGCUCCAGCAGGAAUUCAACCAACACGUAUUCAAGCUCGAGCAAGAGGAGUACGUGAGGGAACAAAUUGACUGGACUUUCAUCGACUUCUCGGACAACCAGCCAUGUAUCGAUCUGAUCGAGAACAAGAUGGGUAUAUUGUCCCUCUUGGACGAAGAGUCCCGUCUCCCCAUGGGUUCGGAUGAGCAGUUUGUCACCAAGUUGCACCACAACUUUGCCGGUGGCGAGAAGAACAAGUUCUACAAGAAGCCCCGUUUCGGCAAGUCUGCUUUCACCGUCUGUCAUUAUGCCGUGGACGUGACGUACGAGUCGGAAGGCUUCAUUGAGAAGAACAGAGAUACGGUGCCCGACGAGCACAUGGAGGUUCUCAGGGCCAGCACAAACAAGUUCCUCGGACAGGUCUUGGCCGCUGCUCUCGCUGUGCGUGAGAAGGACGUUGCGUCGGCGGCCUCGAGCGUCGCAAAGCCUGGUGGCGGCAGAAGGAUCGGAGUUGCUGUUAACCGCAAGCCAACUCUGGGUGGUAUCUUCCGUUCGUCGCUCAUUGAGCUCAUGAACACCAUCAACAACACGGACGUGCAUUACAUUCGCUGCAUCAAGCCCAAUGAAGCCAAGGAAGCUUGGAAGUUCGAGGGUCCCAUGGUUCUCAGCCAGCUGAGAGCUUGUGGUGUUUUGGAAACUGUCCGCAUUAGUUGUGCGGGUUACCCGACAAGAUGGACCUACGAAGAAUUUGCUCUCCGUUAUUACAUGCUGGUCCCUUCGGCGCAGUGGACUGCUGAGAUUCGACAAAUGGCCAACGCCAUCUUGUCCAAAGCUCUGGGUGAGAGCACCGGUCAGGGGCAGGACAAGUACCAGCUCGGUUUGACCAAGAUCUUUUUCCGUGCUGGUAUGCUUGCGUUCAUGGAGAACCUCCGAACUGAGCGCCUGAACGCCGCCGCCAUCAUGAUCCAGAAGAACCUGAAAGCCAGGUACUACCGCAGCAGAUACCUGGAGGCCCGCAAUGCCGUCGUUGGAUUCCAGUCUGUUGCGAGAGCCUUCGUCAUCCGCAAGAAGGCCCAAGAGUGGCGCACCAUCAAGGCUGCCACUACAAUCCAGAGAGUCUGGAAGGGCCAGAAGCAGCGCAAGGCAUUCCUCAAGAUCCGUGCCGACCUCGUCCUUGCCCAAGCCGCCGCCAAGGGUUUCUUGCGGAGAAAGGAGAUCAUGGAGACUCGUGUUGGCAAUGCCGCACUCCUCAUCCAGCGAGUCUGGCGGUCAAGGAGGCAACUCCGCCAAUGGAGAAGUUACCGAAAGAAGGUCGUGCUUGUCCAGAGCUUGUGGCGCGGAAAGCAGGCAAGAAAGGGUUACAAGAAGGUCCGCGAGGAAGCUCGCGAUCUGAAGCAGAUCUCGUACAAGCUCGAAAACAAGGUCGUCGAGCUCACCCAGGCGCUGGGUACCAUGAAGGGCCAGAACAAGACUUUGGUCAGCCAGGUCGAGAACUACGAGAACCAGAUCAAGUCCUGGAAGAGCAGACACACGGCCCUGGAGACCCGUACGAAGGAGCUGCAGGCCGAGGCAAACCAGGCAGGUAUCGCAGUUGCGAAGCUCCAGGCCAUGGAGGAGGACAUGAAGAAGUUGCAAGUCAACUACGACGAGUCCAACUCCAACGUCAAGAGAAUGCAAGAAGAGGAGCGCGAGCUAAAGGAGAAGCUUCGCUCGACCGAGGCUCAGCUCGAGGAGGUUCGCAAGGAGAGCUCCGUCAACGAGGAGACCGUCAACGGCCUCAAGCAGCAACUUGCCGACCUCGUCGACCAACUCGAGCUGGCGAAGCGCAAUGGCCCUGUCAACGGCGAGUUGAACGGUCAUGCCCCUACUGCUCCUGUCAGCGGGCUAAUCAACCUUGUGUCAUCCAAGAAGAACCUGGCCAAGCGACGAAGCGCUGGCGAGGAGCCUCGCGCUACGGACCGAUUCAGCUCUGCAUUCAACCCCCGCCCGGUCUCGAUGGCUGUCACCAACGGCGGCCAGCGUCCCUACACUGGCUUUGUUCCUGGUGUGGACAGCAUCGAGAUGGAGCUCGAGGGUCUGCUUGCCGACGAGGAUGGGCUGAACGAGGAAGUCACCAUUGGUCUGAUCCGCAACCUCAAGAUCCCAUCCCCCAACCAGAACCCCCCUCCUUCAGACAAGGAGGUCUUGUUCCCAUCCUAUCUCAUUAACUUGGUCACCUCGGAGAUGUGGAACAACGGCUUCGUCAAGGAGUCGGAGCGUUUCUUGGCCAAUGUCAUGCAGUCGAUCCAGCAAGAGGUCAUGCAGCACGAUGGUGAUGAGGCCAUCAACCCUGGUGCUUUCUGGCUCUCAAACGUGCACGAGAUGCUGUCCUUCGUCUUCCUGGCCGAGGACUGGUAUGAGGCGCAGAAGACGGACAACUACGAGUAUGACCGCCUCCUUGAAAUUGUCAAGCACGACCUGGAGAGUUUGGAAUUCAACAUCUACCACACCUGGAUGAAGGUGUUGAAGAAGAAGCUCCAGAAGAUGAUCAUCCCCGCCAUCAUCGAGUCUCAGUCACUUCCCGGCUUUGUCACGAACGAAAGUAACAGAUUCCUUGGCAAGCUGUUGCAGUCGAACUCGGCUCCGGCAUACAGCAUGGAUAACCUCCUCAGCUUGCUCAACAACGUCUUCCGAGCCAUGAAGGCCUACUACCUGGAGGACUCUAUCAUUACCCAGGCCGUCACUGAGCUGUUGCGUCUUGUUGGCGUCACUGCCUUCAACGAUCUGCUUAUGCGCCGCAACUUCCUCUCGUGGAAGCGUGGUCUUCAGAUCAACUACAACAUCACCCGUAUUGAGGAGUGGUGCAAGAGCCACGAUAUGCCUGAGGGCACUCUGCAGCUCGAGCACUUGAUGCAAGCAACUAAGCUCUUGCAACUCAAGAAGGCUACUCUGAAUGAUAUAGAGAUCAUUCAGGAUAUCUGCUGGAUGCUGUCACCCAACCAGAUCCAGAAGCUUCUCAACCAGUACUUGGUUGCAGAUUACGAGCAGCCGAUCAACGGAGAGAUCAUGAAGGCCGUUGCCUCCCGCGUCUCUGAGAAGAGCGACGUUCUUCUGCUCCAGGCCGUUGACAUGGACGACUCUGGCCCUUACGAGAUUGCGGAGCCGCGUGUCAUUACCGCACUGGAGACAUACACACCAUCUUGGCUCCAAACCCCUAGGCUGAAGCGCUUGGCUGAGAUAGUAUCUGCGCAGGCCAUUGCUCAGCAAGAGAAGUACGAGGAUGAUGACGAGUACGACGGAGAGGGCGGUAUUCCUGAAGGUGAAGAGCCCCAGCAGAUCGAGGCUGCGGCUUAA